GAUAGGAACUUCAAAAGGAUUAGGUCAAGUUAAAAGUUGAAACAAUCAAAAAUUUUGUUCAACGACAUUAAUAACAGAGAAGCUGCUUGGUUAUGCAAUAGUGACCAUAAAUAAUCAGUGAUGUUUUAUUGUUUGAACCGGUGAAAAGUCUUUGUAUUCAAUAUUUCUCUCUUGAAGAAAUUUUGUGAAAAAAAUUGAAAUGAAUUUGCAUUUUUCUAUGUACAACUUUAGAUUUGAAGUAAAAGAUCUAAUCCAAUAACUUUGGCAUUAUAUUUGUGAAGUUUUUAUAUUUAGGGUGUUUGAAAUUAAUGUAUAUAGAUUUUCAUGUACACAUACUAACAAAAUCUAAACUAAAAACCAAUUAAAAUAUAUUAAAUUUGAUAACCAAUCCUAAUUUUGUAUAAAGGGAACUAAAAUUUCAAAACACACAGAAGUCGCAAAUGAAUUGGAUUAGUAAACAAAAUUCCUAUUUCACAAUUAUAUUUCAUUCUUUUUCAAAAAAAAAAGUUCCUAUUUCACAACUAUAUAUUUAAUUUAAUUAUGAUUUUGUCCAACUAAAUUCUUUUUUUUCCCAAAAAUUGCAUGAGUUUUUGAAUAAUAUCUUGUCAUUAAAGAUAAUUUUUUGAUAGCGGUGUUAUUAUUGAAGCAAUAAUUCAUUUUUUUGCAAAAUAUUAUUUUAAAAAUAUCCUAUUGGUUAUUGACCAAAAAAAAUAAUCUUAUUAAAAUAUCUUAUUGGUUAUUGACAAAAAAAAAAAAUCCAAUGGGUUCUUCUCUCUCUUUCUCUCUCUGUUUCCUCUUCAUCUCCAAAAGUGACAUGAACUACACCGUUACGCGUCUUCUUCUUUUCUUCUUGAUUCCUUCGCAAGCAAUCUUCUCCGCUUUUCCUCUUCACUAAAGUUGAAAUCAAUAAACUGGGGAUGGUUUCGUUUGCUGGAUUCGCCUUCAUCACUGGAUUUUUGCUGGGGAUCCUCACCAUCGUAGCGGCGGAAGUUGCUGCCUUUCUGUAUCUCCUCAAGCGAUUGAAUCGGAAGAGAAACCUCCAUGAAUCGAAUAAGACGAGCUCUGAUCCUCCCAACUCCAUUGAUUUCAGUCUCAACAAACAGGGAGUGAUUUGGGUUUUGGAGUCUGAUGAGAGUUUAAAGGAUUGGAUGAAGGAGAAGUUACCAAAAGAGCAGAAUAAGAAGAAGAAGAAAGACAUCUUGGAGGUGCAUCCAGUUAGAAAGUCUGCUCAUAUAAAAGACCACAAGCUCAUCUUCUCAAAUGGAGAUGGCACUCAGAAGAUUGUUUCUUUGAAAGGUUGCUCCGUUGAGGCUGUUUCAGGGUCUGAACUCCCAACAAGGAAAUGGGCGAAAAGAUAUCCUAUCAAAGUAGAAAGCAAAACUUCAGACUUGAACAAAGGAAGCCGUGUGUUUUACAUCUUUCUCGAGACUUCUUGGGAGAAGGAGUCAUGGUGUAAAGCUCUCCGUCUUGCUGCUUGCAAUGAUCAAGAAAGAUCUACCUGGCCUACCCAGUUGAAACAUGAUUUCCAGAACUACAUAGCUUCCCUUAAUGUUGCAUAUCCUUCUUUUAUGAAGCAACCAUCAUCUGGAUUUGAUGUUGAGUCAUUGGACAACAAGGGGGUUAAAAUAGAUGCUCCUUCCUCCAAAGUUCGUUUGUUCUGGAAGAAAUUCUCAAGAAAGAAAGUGCCGAACCGUGAAGACAAGAAGACUUCAUCAACACGCCAUUACCAAGAUUCAUCCGGUAGCUCUGGAAGAAGCACCCCAGCGAGAAAGGUGCGAGAUAACAACAUCCCUGAGGAAACUGAAGUGCAAGCUUUCUCACGUUCUUGGAGCCAUGUCAGUCAUGUCUCUGAUGCAGACUCGGAGGACAAGUUUUAUACCGAUGAAGGAACUUUAGCGUGGAACUUGCUGAUCUCUCGGCUGUUUUUUGAUGUUAAACUGAACACAGGGAUAAAGAAUAUAGUGCACGAACGUAUCCAGCGGGUGUUGUCUAACAUGAGACUUCCCAGCUACAUAGGUGAUUUAAUCUGCUGUGAUGUAAAGAUUGGGAAUCUCCCGCCUUAUAUACAUGGUGCAAGGGUUCUUCCAGUGGAGAUGAAUGGUGUGUGGGCGUUUGAACUAGACAUUGAAUACACUGGUGGUGCGGGUUUAGUAGUUGAGACUCGUGUUGAUGCCAGAGCGGAAGAUCUGCAGAAGAGGAUAGCUGAGGGAAAACUGCAGCCAAGUCCUUCUGGCGAUGUUCCCAUAGAUCUCCUUGAAGGUCUUGAAGAGUUUGAAAAGCAAUUAAGUGUUCCUGGAGGAACCGUUAAAGUGAAAACUGGAGGAAGCGAGAAACCUGAUGAAUCUAAGGGUUCAAAAGGAACAAACAAUGGAUCUAAGUGGAAGUCUAUUCUGAAGAACAUCGCUGAGCAAGUCUCUCAGGUUCCUAUUAAUUUGUCAAUAGGAGUCUCCUCCCUUAGAGGGACACUGCGCGUACACAUGAAGCCGCCUCCAUCAGAUCAACUAUGGCUUAGCUUCACAACCAUGCCUGAUAUUCAUUUCGACCUUGUCUCAUCUGUUGGUGACCACAAAAUCACAAACAGCCAUGUUGCUACGUUCUUGAUCAACAAGUUUAAGAACGGGAUAAGAGAGGUCAUGGUGCUUCCCAACUGCGAAAACGUAACCAUUCCAUGGAUGAUGGCUGAGAAGGAUGAUUGGGUCCAACGGAGUGUUGCGCCAUUUAUGUGGCUGAAUCAAGACUCAGAUAGUGAUCACGACAGCUUCGAAGCUGCCGACGUAAAACCUAAAGCCGACAAGCCGCCGAGUCCCAAGAAAGUUGCCAACGUUCACCAGAAACCAAGAAAUGAUGAAGAGCCUGUGGCUUCAUCACCAUCAGCAGCUAACUCUGCAGCUCCUAUAGUAGAAAGUGACAGUUCCUCGGAGGAUACAAUAGCACGAGGAGGCAAUGACGAGGAGACUACUCCGGCUAGUGUCCAGUCAUCAUCGAGGUCUAUCUUUUCAAGUGAAGAGGAUGAUUUGAAGGGAAAGAAAAUUGGAACAAAAGAGAGGAUGUCCGGUUUUAGGAAGAAGUUUGGGGAGAAGUUUGAAGAGAAGAAACGUCAUGUGGAGGAAAGAAGUAAUAGAUUGUUGAAAAGAUGAGAGGACCUUAACACACAAGGGUUUAGAACAAGAAGAUGAAGAAGCCUUUUUAUUAGAUUAGCGUUAUAAUACUUGUUACUUGUAUCCAUAUAUGUUCGAUGAAAAUAUCAAAAGAACUCAACUGUGAAAUCUUUCUUUAUUCUUAUAUAUUACAACAAACAAAGAGCAGCAUCAAAACAGA